CCCACCUCAACGCACGCCACCUCUUCGCUCUCUGACAACUCCACCCAACACAAAAAUACUGCAUUUCUCUACCAUAAUUAGCGACUUCCUCGUCCGCACUCUCGAACCCUCAGAAUUGAAUCAGCUACUCCACUAUCAUGGCUUCCCUUACGUCCAAGCGGAAGUCUCGCGACGACGACGCGUACCCCGUCGAUGAAGUUAGAACGCCUACCGGCAGUCCUCCUAAAAAGAGGCUCCGGGUAACCCGAAACCAAAAACAGGCACUUAUUGAUAAUCUGCAGCUGGAGAUCACCGAGCGGGCUCGUAAACUUCGCGCGCAGUAUGCGCUCCAAGCAAAUGAUCUCCGGGCUCGGAUUGAAAGACGCAUUAAUCGGAUCCCCAUCGCCCUCCGGAAGGUGAACAUGGGCGAGUUGUUGGAAAAGCACAAUGCCGCCCUCCGGGCGCAGCAAGAGAAUACCUCACCGAGGAAGUUCAUUAGCCCGAUUAAAGGGUCACGUUUUGCAGCUAUCUCGGCCAAGCCUGCAAUGCGGAAGGCUUCUGCUGCAAGCCCGAGUCCGCGCAGGACGAAGAGACAGAGCCACGAAGGUCUCUACUCCGAUAAGGAGAAUGCCCCUGCUGCAGGAGAACAGCUUGAUGUACUCAAAAACCCGAAGAGACGCGCUAAGCCCGGCGCUGCUGCCGGUACUUCGCGGGUUGUCUCCCAAGAAGUCAGAGGGGCAGACUUCAGAAUUCUCUCUCCGAAAUCAUCAAACUCUAGGACAUAUCCACAAUCACCGCUUCGCGCGUCCCCUGAAAAACCUCAGAAUUCAUCUUACCUCUCGCGGCCGAUGCCAUCACUAAAACCUUCAAGUCCGCUAAAGGCGGCGCCAGCUAGCCUGGCCGGAUCCCUGGAAAGUGCGCGCCUUCGUACCACAAAGGGCACCCCGUCUGCAGCAACAGCAAGCAGACCCGCUUCGCAAGCAUCCAGGAGACCAGCAAGUCGGGCCACUACGGCAUCUAAGACGACGACACGGUCACCCUUGCCACGACCAGCCACCCGUCAGCUUGAGCGCAGAGGCAGUGUCUCGUCCUCCACAUCAUCUGGUACAACCGUCACCAAGCCGACGCGAACGGGUGCAAACGCAAGGAAAGUGACAGCCGCAUCAACCGCUAGCUCCACAGCUAAGAAGGCCGUCGCAAAUAGCCAAGCAACUUCCGCAACUGCCAAACGUAGCACCGCGUCAGCUACCAGGAAAACCGCCGCCCCCGCAGGAGGUGAAGCUCCGACAGCGGGACGAAGGGUCCUGCGCAAACGCGCUUAAAUGCUCUAUAUUUCCCCCUUUCAGAAAGGGACCUAUCACCUAUAGUCUUUUGACAUUCCCUGGAAUCUGCCAUGAGAGUUCAUUACGGAAACAGGUGUGAACUCUGAUGCUUUGGAGUUGGAGCGGGUGUAUUGGCGUUUUCUACCUUGCCUUGCAUAAUUGGGUCUAGAGAAUUGGUUGGCUUCGUAGUGGGUUCUUGUUGCUGCUUUAUAGGCACGGUUAAAAUAGGUUGAACUCCUUUUAUUGACGAGUUCUUUAGAUUAAGGGUUAUAUCAUUGGAGUUUGGUAUUAUCGUCCUCCGGCUAGUUGGAUGUGAUUUCGUGAAUUGAGCUUUGUUAGCACGUAUCCCGUGCUGGUCAUGAUUGAAUUAUUUUGCAGCCGCAAGAAUGUGUACUCUGAUCUUUCAGAACGAAGUUACACAAGGACCGCUAAAUUGGAUUUAUGAAUAUUCAGGAUU